AGAAGUGUGAAAGGAAGAUCAGGUUUGCGGGUUUUGUUUGGCACAUGAAAUGGAAACCAUACUUUCUUGGAAAAAAGUAGAUAAUCUUUGGAGGGAUUUCUCGUGAUGGAAAAUAAAAAAUUUGUUAUAGAGCCUCUAGUAUCGAUACAGAUUAACUAAAUCCUGCACCUAAAAACAAGAAAAAUAAGCUUAACUUUCAAUAUUUCACGUGUCCUUCAAAUGAUUCGACAAAAUUGUGGCUCUGAGUUGCUUGAACCAGCUGCAAUUUUCUCGUUUUCUUUCACUAAUGUAUCAGUUUGCUGCCAGAGGAAAAUAAAACCCAUCGGUGGUCGUGAAAUGAAAGAGAACCUUACCCGUAAUUGUUUCUCCAUCAAAGUUUAUCUUAUUCAUUUACCCACAAGAAUUAGAACAACAGUGACUAAUAAUCUACAUACAUAUCAACGACGUCGUUUCUAUCCAGCAUUUGCACUCUAGUUGAACGGUUCGUGCGUUAAUAUGAUGCUACCAUUUCUGUGGAGCACUUCCAUUGCGCCAUUGGGCAGUGCCGCCUCCAGCCGGACCCAUAUGCUAUAUUCGUUAAUUAGAUUCAAUUUGGUUUUGAGUGAUCACUCAACUCUAUAAAUAGGCAGGGCAAAGAGCACUGAAUAUCAAUCGAGUUAUACAGAACAUCUCAUCAAGAAAAUCAAUAUUUACAGAGAGAAAAAGAAAAAUUGCAAUGGCUUCUUCCAAGAUAUGCAUCGUCAUUGCCAUUGCAGCUGUAUUUGCCCCUUCAAUUUUGGCUACAGAAUUCAUGAUUGGUGAUGAGACAGGAUGGACCACCAACUUUGAUUAUCAAGCUUGGGCUUAUGGAAAGGAAUUCCAUGUUGGAGACAAACUUGUCUUUAGGUACCCACCAGGAGUACACAAUGUGGUGAGAGUUAAUGGAACUGGAUUCGAAAAAUGCGAGGCACCUGCUGGAACUGAGGCCUUGACCACCGGAGAAGAUACCCUCACACUCACAUCUCCGGGCAAGAAAUGGUACAUUUGUAGUAUGGGUAAUCAUUGCAAGUCCGGGAACAUGAGACUUACCAUAACUGUGUUGGCUGAGUUGGGAUCUCCGACGGCUUCACCUUCACCUUCUCCAGUAUCUGCUGCAGUAGCAACAGGCAGGACUGGUUUAUCAGGAUGUGGUGGGUGGAUUGCUGUUGCCAUUGCUGGAAUUCCUGGAAUUGUCAUGGUUUAGCCAAAAGAAUUAUGUUGUGUUGUUUUUAUUUAUUAUUUUAAUUUUCACUAUAGAGGUAGAAAAUUGAAGAAUAUAUUGUUGUAGACUUCUGCAGGUUAUACUUUUUUUUUUUUAAAUUUUCAUUUUACAGAAGAAGAAGACGCAGGAGUAUGUAAACUGUUCUCUUCUAAAAAAUAUU